AUGCUGUGCCAGCUGAGGGGAGUGGCCGCCGAGACUGUGAUUCCUCUGCGCCUCGCUGGCGGUGCUUUCCACGUAUGGUCCCAGCUGCCGGCGGCCAGUCGCUGCUCGCUGACGGCCGUGAGAGACGCCCUCCAGGCGGCGUUUGCUCUCGAUGAGUACGCCGCCUAUGAAGCGUUCGCCGCUCGGCGACUGAUGCCAGGAGAGUCGGCGGACGUAUUCCUCGCUGACCUCCGCCGGCUGGCGGCGCUGUUCGGAGGAGUGCCGGAGCGAGCGCUGGCCUGCGCAUUCGUGACAGGCCUGCCGGACAGCGUCCGGCAGAUGAUCCGCGCUGGCUGCCGGGCAGAUGGACUGGACCUGUCAUCGGUGCUGGCGCGCGCUCGCGCUGUGCUGACCGACGAGCGGCUCUCCGCAGCAGCAGCAGCGGCGCUGAGCGGUGCGCUGCCGAUUACACGCCUGCACGUGGACGGACGAGAGUGCACGGUCCUCAUCGACACCGGGAGCACCGACACCAUCAUCUACGCGCCAUUCUGUGCGCAGUGGAGACGACGGGUGGUGCGCGUCACUACGAUCAGCGGAGACGACCUGAAAUGCAGCGGCAUUGGCAGUGUAACGGUCGAGGCGCCGACGGGCCAUCGUGCCGCGCUUGAAACGCUGGUGGUGGAGGAGCGGCCGCUCGGCGUGGACAUGGUGCUCGGGGUCAGCGGUAUCUCGGCUCUCGGGGGCGUGACGGUGCUGUCCCCCUCUGUGGUGCGGUUCUGUGGAGCAGUGUGUCGUGCGCCGCCAGACAUUGAGACGCCGGACUUCCGGGUGCAGUUCAACGCGGCUGCCCGGAAGUGGUCGGUUGCAUGGAAAUGGUCCGAUGGGAUCGGACCCCAGUGCCUCACGAACGCUGUGCCGCAGUAUGCUGUGCCGCCCGCCGCUCGUCACGAGUUCGAGACAGAACUUGACGACUGGAUAGAGCGGGAGUGGCUCGUGCCGUAUGACGAGCGGCGGCAGGGGCCGCCGAAAGGGUUGGUGCCGCUAAUGGCUGUGGAGCAGCGCAAUCGGGGGAAAGUUCGACCGGUGCUGGACUACCGGGAACUGAAUGACUUUGUGCAGGCUCACACAGCUGACAGCGACGUGUGCGCGGAACAGCUCCGCAAGUGGCGCCGGCACGGCGCAAAUGUGGCGGUCGUGGACCUGAAGCGUGCCUACCUCCAGCUGCACCUGGAGGAGCGACUCUGGCCGUUUCAGACGGUGAUGGUGCGGGGGCAGCGAUUCUGCUUGACCCGCCUAGGUUUUGGUUUGAAUAUCGCGCCCCUCGUGAUGAAGGCUGUCGUGCGUGCUGUGCUCGAUCAGGACCCCGACAUCGGGCGUGCCGUCCUCCCAUAUGUGGACGAUCUCCUUGUAAAUGAGGACAUUGUCAGUGCCGAGCGCGUGGUGGCGCAUUUCGCGCAGUUUGGGCUGGACUGUAAGCCGCCGGAGCGGGCAGCCAGUGGAGCGCGGCUCCUGGGCCUGCGGGUGCACGAGGAGAACGGGCAGCUGCGGUGGAAGCGGGACAACGCCAUGGACUGUAUCGCGAGUCGCCUCGCCAGUGACGACCCGGCCCGUGGCGUGUGGUGUGUCGACGGGGACGAGGUGGUCGCCUGGACAGACGCCAGCUCGCUGGCCACCGGAGUGGUCCUGGAAAACACAGACGGUGAGGUGAUCGAGGACGCAUGCUGGCUCAGUGAGCGCGGCAGCCGUGAGCGCGGCUGGCGAGCCGUCGGCAGUGAGCGCAGCCUCUGUGAGCGCGGCUGCAGCGGGCGAGCCGUCGGCAGUGAGCGCGGCCGCUGUGAGCGCGGCUGCAGCGGGCGGGCCGUCGGCAUGAAAGUGAUCGCCGCCCGGAAACGGUGCGAUAUCGCCGAGGCGGUACACUUGUAUAACGUGACGCCGCGUGACGGCGAGGCGGUGGCCAGCGCCCCGUUUUGUGGCGUGUACAGUCCUCCAGCCGGCUCCAGUUGA